AUGAAGUCUGAUUUCAAGUUUUCCAAUCUUUUGGGUACUGUUUAUAGACAAGGUAAUGUUAUAUUUAAUGAGAAUGGUACACAUUUGUUAUCACCAGUUGGUAAUAGGAUCUCAGUAUUUGAUUUAAUUAAUAAUAAAUCGUUUACAUUUGAGUAUGAGCAUCGUAAGAAUAUAUCAGCUUUUGAUUUGAAUCAGCAAGGUACUCUUUUGUUAUCUGUCGAUGAAGAUGGACGUGCAAUUUUAGUUAACUAUAAAUCAAGAAAUGUUUUACAUCAUUUUAACUUUAGAGAGAAAUGUUUAAGUGUUAAGUUUAGUCCUGAUGGGAAACUAUUUGCAUUGGCUACUGGUAGGUUUAUUCAAAUUUGGAAGACUCCAAAUGCCACUGAAGAUAGACAAUUCGCUCCUUUUGUUCGUCAUAGAAUUCAAGCUGGCCAUUUCGAAGAUAUUACUUCAAUUACCUGGUCUUAUGACUCUAGAUUUAUUGUAUCAUCUUCCAAGGAUUUGACAGCAAGAUUGUGGUCUGUUUACUCUGAGGAUAAAGAAUUGGCUGCUACAACAUUUGCAGGUCAUAGAGAUAAUGUGCUUGGUGCUUUUUUUACUGCUGAUCAAGAAAAGAUAUAUACAGUCAGUAAAGAUGGUGCUCUAUUCAUUUGGGAAUACUCGUCGUUGGAAGAAGAUCAAGAUGAUGAAGAUGAAGAGAUAGAUCUAUCUAAGUACAGUUGGAGAAUUGCUGAAAAGCAUUUCUUCUUUCAAAAUCAAGCCAAGGUAAAAUGUGUAACUUUCCACCCAGGAUCAAAUUUACUAGUCGUUGGGUUCAGCAAUGGUGAAUUCAGAUUAUACGAUUUGCCAAGUUUCACCUUGGUACAACAAUUGUCAAUGGGUCAAAAUGCCGUGAAUACAGUUUCUAUCAACAAUACAGGUGAAUGGUUAGCAUUCGGUUCAAGUGCAUUGGGUCAAUUAUUAGUUUAUGAGUGGCAAUCAGAAUCUUAUAUUUUGAAACAACAAGGUCAUUUUGAUUCAUUGAAUGGUUUGACGUAUUCUCCUGAUGGUGCAAGAGUUGUCACAGCAGCUAACGAUGGUAAAAUUAAGGUAUGGGAUGUUGUAUCUGGUUUCUGUUUAGCUACUUUUAGUGAACAUACAUCUUCGGUCACUGCUGUUCAAUUUGCUAAGAGAGGUCAAGUUUUAUUCUCUUCUUCAUUAGAUGGUACAGUAAGAGCUUGGGAUUUAAUAAGAUUCCGUAAUUUUAGAACAUUUACAUCAACUCAAAGAAUUCCAUUUAACUGUUUAGCUGUCGAUCCUUCAGGUGAAGUCGUCUGUGCAGGUUCGUCAGAUAGUUUUGAAAUUCACGUAUGGUCUGUACAAACUGGUCAAUUAUUGGAUUCUUUAGAUGGUCAUGAGGGUCCUGUUUCAUGUUUAGCAUUCAGUCAAGAAAAUAGUGUGUUAGCAUCUGCAUCAUGGGAUAAGACUAUUAGAAUUUGGUCUAUAUUUUCAAGAUCACAGCAGGUCGAACCAAUUGAGGUAUUUUCCGAUGUUCUAGCAUUGACUAUUAGGCCAGAUGGUAAAUCUGUAGCCGUUUCUACUUUAAAGGGACAAAUUACUAUCUUCGACAUUGAGAGUGGACAACAAACAGGAAAUAUCGACUGUAGAAAAGAUAUUUUAGCAGGUAGACACAUGGAAGAUCGUUUCACAGCCAAAAAUUCAGAAAGAUCGAAAUAUUUCACAACGAUAUCUUAUAGUUUUGACGGCCUUGCUAUCGUAGCUGGUGGUAAUAAUAACUCUAUCUGCCUAUAUGAUAUACCGAAUGAAGUUUUAUUGAGAAGGUUUAUAGUGUCUAAAAACAUGACACUAAAUGGUACAAUGGAGUUGUUGAAUAGUGGACGUAUGACCGAAGCAGGUGCAUUAGAUUUGAUCGAUAUGGAUGGUGAUGAGUCUGAUCUAGAAGACCGUAUCGACAAAACUUUACCUGGCUCCAGAGCUGGUGGUGAUUUGUCUACUAGAAGGGUUAGACCGGAAAUAAGAGUUACAUCUAUUCAAUUUUCACCAACUGCAUCUGCAUUUGCAGCAGCAUCAACUGAAGGUAUCCUAUUGUAUUCUGUUGAUGAAACCAUCAUGUUUGACCCAUUCGAUUUAGAUGUUGAUGUCACCCCACAAAGCACUAUAGAGGCCUUAAAUGAAAAGGAAUAUUUAAAUGCUUUAGUUAUGGCAUUCAGGUUAAAUGAAUCUUACUUAAUUAACAGAGUAUAUGAAUCCAUUCCUAUUUCAGAGAUUCAAUUGGUUAGUUCUUUAUUGCCAGUAGUAUACUUACCUAGGUUAUUACAAUUUAUUGGCGAAUUUUCCAUAGACUCUCAACAUUUUGAAUUCAAUUUACUUUGGAUCAAAGCUUUAUUAUCCUCACACGGUACCUACAUGAAAUCUCAUAAACAUAUGUUUUCUACAGCAACCAGAUCCAUCCAAAGGUUCCUAGGAAGAAUUGCAAAAGACGCAGUUAAUACAUCUACAAACAACAAAUAUUCAUACAACUUCUUGAUGUCUACAAAUGGAUCAAUUGACGGAAUCAGUGAUGAGGAAAUGAUGGUUAACGAUUCAGAAUCUAGUGAUGAAGAAAUGGAACAAGAGGAUGAUGACGAUGAAGAAGGCUGGGAAGGCUUCGAUUCCAAAGUAACCAAUUUACCUCUACAAGAUGAAGAGAGUGAUGACGAUGAAAUCCUACUUGAUUGA